AUGAGACUUUCCAUUGCUGCUCUCUCCGCUAUCGCCUCCGUGGUGGCCGCCGACAAGUUAUUUGGUGCUAUCAUCAUUCGCUCGGGGUCUAAGUUCCAAUACGGCAGCCUCGACAUUGCCGGCGACGCUGUUCACGUGAACGACAAGGAUGGCGACAAGAUUGAGAACUUCCGCCUUUUGGAGGAUGGCACCCUCCAAGACGACGCCACCAAGAAGUUCAUUGUCAUCGGCGACAACGGCGACGUUGAAGUUGCUGACGAAGGCAAGCCCGGGUGGUCGGUUGACGGUGACCACUUGUCUUACAGCGCUCAUGGGUUCGAAGCCUGCCCUACUGAUGGCGAGAAGUACUUCUUGCACUGGUCUGACAACGUUGCCGACCAAUGCGAAGGUGGUACCGGUCUCUCCAUCCGUGCCCUUGACGUUCACGAUGUCGCUUCAGAAAACAAGGACGAUGAAGGUGACAAGCAAGACAACAACGACAACCAACAACAACAACAACAACAAAAAGAGGACCAAAACCCGCCCGCGUUCGAACAAAAGGACGGGUUUGGCCUCGUCGCCAUCCACUCGGGUACCGAUUUCCAAAACCAACCGAUCAAGAAGGACGACGCCCACCCUCACGUGUUCCUGGUCGGUGGCUCUGCUGGCCGUGACUUGACUCUCAUCUUGAAGGAUGAUGGCACUUUGGUUGACCAAAACGGCCGCGGGGUGUUUGUUGGCAACAACGGUGAUGUUGGUAACGUUGACCCUUGGGGCGAACAACAAGCCACUGGUGGUUUCAGCGUCAAGGACGGCAACUUGUAUUUCAACAACGAGCAAUCGUUCUACGCUUGCCCUGGUGGUCCCAACCUGUUCUCCCUUACUGUCAAGGGCUGGGACGGUUGCACUGGCCUUCAAUUGAAGGUUUUCCAAUGA